CCUCAUUAUACUCGCCUCCUCGGUUACCAUGUCCCUUCCAAAGCUGCUCCAAUUCAACUUCUUCCUCUCCAACCCCAACUCUGCCACUUCACAACAUUCCAUCGUCUCCAAAAACCCGCCCACCGUCCAGUGCGCCCGGCCGCCGUUCCUCCUCCUUUCCCGGAGAAAUGGAUCGUUAACAGUUGGGGAACAAAGAAGACGUUACAGCUGCCGAAAUAUCAAAACCAGGUGAAUGAUAUUGAAGAGUUCCCCCCACUGGUCACCCCGGGGGAAGCCAGGAGUCUCCAUGACAGACUGGGAGAUGCUGCCUUCGGAAAGGCUUUCCUUCUCCAAUGCGGCGGGGACUGUGCGACAGAGGGCUUGAAGGAGUUCAAUGGUGAUCGUAUCAGGGACACUUUCAGCAUCUUGCUUCAGAUGGCCACUCUUCUCAUGUUUGGCGGCCAAGUCCCUAUUAUCAAGGUGGCGAGAAUGGCUAGUCAAUUUGAGAAUACAAGCUACAAGAGGGACAAUUUCAAUGGUGAUGAGUCAAGGAUUCCAGAUCCACAUAAGAUGAUCAAGACAUACGGCCGAUCUGCAGCCACACUCAACCUGCUUAGAGCACUAGCCACUGGAGGGUUUGCUUCGAUGAAAAGGGUUACACAAUGGAAUCUCGAUUUUGCUGAGAUGGGAGAUAGGUACCAAGACUUGACGAAUCAGGUUGAUGAGGCCUUAGGGUUCAUGGAAGCUGCCGGGGUACCAAAAGAACACCCCGUUAUGGCAAGAGCAGAGUUCUGGACUUCCCAUGAUUGCUCGUUGUUGCCAUAUGAGCAAUCCCUUACGAGGUUCGAUUCUGCAACAGGACUCUACUACGAUUGCUCUGCUCACAUGCUGUGGUGUGGAGAGGGAACUACUCGACAAAUCGAUGGUGCCCACGUAGAGUUCCUCAGAGGAAUCUCCAAUCCUCUUGGCAUAAAAGUGAGCGACAAGAUGGAGCCAAGCGAACUGGUGAAACUGAUUGAGGUGUUAAACCCUGCCAACCUGCCCGGGAGAAUAACCAUCAUCAGCAGAAUGAGCUCCGAGAGGCUGAGAGUCAAGCUUCCGGAACUGAUCAGAGCUGUUAAUCGUUCCAAGCAAAUCGUGACAUGGGUCUGCGAUCCCAUGCAUGGUCGACGAAACAUCAAAGCGUCAAAUAAACUGAAGACUCGUCCAUUUGAUCGUGUUUUGGCUGAAGCAGGUGCAUUUUUCGAUGUUCAUGACCAAGAAGGAAGCCAUCCAGGAGGAAUCCACCUCGAGAUGAUUGGCUCCCAACAUGUAACAGAAGAGUGGAUUGGAGGAUCUUGCACGGUCACUUUAGACGAUUUCAGUUCUGGUUACCGUGCCCAUUGCGACCCUAGGCGGCUGAAUGCUUCUCAGUCUCUCGAGCUCGCUUUUAUUGUAGGAGAGCGACUCAAACAUAGGAGGUUUUGACCCUCCUCGAUGCUACGUACGUAGAUGGUUAGCCACAUUGUCCGCAACGAGAUUUAUCUUUGGUUAUCAUUCUAUGAGGUAAUCUUUGUAUAUCAUUCUCUUAAAUUAUUAUUCUUAUUUAAAUUUAUAGUGUUUACCCUGUGCUUAAGUUUAUUGAAUCUGUUUCACAGUUGAUGAUUUGAUUUUUUUUCAAAAAUUGUAAAAUCAUGCUGAGGUUGAAUCAUUGGUACAAUACGAUUUCAAAAACACUAAUUUUUUCCGAACUUUCUUAUAGCUCGCUUCCAACUUGAUUGUGCCACUGCCAAUACAUACGGGCUGGAUAAAAGUUAGGCCCGCGAGGAGUAGGUAAUGUUUUGAGCCCAAACAGAAGGCAAC